AUGGAGUCUCAUGCAACGCUCAAAUUCAAGGGAAUCAAGCCCGGUCAAGGGAUCAAGCCGGGAACAACUCUCCGUAUUCUCGGUGUGGGCGACUCCAUUACAUUGGGAUUUCUCAGCGAUAUAGACGGAGGUGAUGGCAACGGCUACAGACUCAAGCUUUGUCAAGACCUAUCAAAAGAUAGAGUCGUCUUUGCUGGGACGGAGACCAUGGAUGGUACAAUGCGUGAUGGAUACUGUGCAGCCUGGAAUGCCAUGACUAUCAAGUUCAUGUCAGACCAUAUCGGUGCUUCUCUAGCGCAGAGACCUAAUAUUGUCCUUAUCCAUGCUGGAACUAACGACAUGAACCCCAAUCUGGACAUUGCGAAAGAAGGAAACGAUCCUCACGCUGCAGCUGGGCGCCUGGGUAGUCUCAUCGACCAGAUUGUGCAGAACUGCCCGGAUGCUACAGUUCUCGUCGCCAAAAUCAUUGGCUGCCAUGAUCCUGUACAAAUGAGCAACAUCGCUCAGUUCGACGGACUGAUUCAGGGAAUUGUUGAAGCCCGACAGAAUACCGGCAAACACGUCCUCGCGGUUGACUUCUCAAGCUUCCCGAUGAACGCACUAAGGGAUGGCAUCCAUCCCACCAAUCCGGGAUACCGCUUGUUUGGCGAUUAUUGGUACGACUUUAUCACGCAGAUUCCGAGUGACUGGAUCAAAGCGCCUAUCGGGGACGACCCUCGUAGGUCUGGGGAAUUGCGCCGCAAUGUGUCCGUCAAUGGAGGAUCAACAAGUUGGUGUGACCGGCUGUCCGGCCUGUUCUUCGGCAAGAACUCGGAACACAUGUUCAAAGCUUGA